AUGCACAUAGACGACUCAUACGCGCCUGGCCCGCUGACCUCCCACCCGGUCAUGGCUCCCCCGACAUCGAACGCCUUCGCGUCUGCGCAGCGACCAGCGGCUAAGCGCGCAAACUCGACGCAGCGCGCGAACUCCCGCUUCGUCGAGGGCUCCAUGAACGACCGCACCUCCGCCGCGCCUCCCCCCAACUUCCUCGGUCCCGAGGACUCGUCCGAGAUCGCACGUCGCUUUCGCAUGGAUUUCUACGUCGAGGCCCCCGACGCCGGCGUGCUCUCCCCGCCGAAGCCCCAGCACCACAAGUCAUCCCAGUCGCUCUUGUCGUCGCAGAACCACCAUCAGCAGCAGCAACACCCGGUCCUGCACCAACCGACCGUCACCUACGGCGAGGCUAAGAGACCCGCCAGCUCGGCCAGUAGCCACGUGGGAAAGAAGGGUUUCUGGGGUGGUCUCCGCGAGAAACUGAGCUUCGUCAAGGAUAAGGGGGCUAAGCGCCCGUUGAGCCUGGAUGGGAAGCUCCUUUCUGCGGGAGGCGGCGCAGGUGGUUUUGGAAGCGGUGGUGCCGAAGGUGCCGCGCCGGCUCCGGCUCCGGCAAACGGUGCGGGCAUGCCUUCUAGGGAGGAGAUCAUGGCCAGCUACCAGCAGCUGAUGAAGGACGGCUUCUUCGACGCCCACGCCAUCCGCUCCACGCGCCAACCCCCUCCGCCAAACAUCGCCCCGUCCGGCACAAAGUACUCAACCCGUCCCCCCGUGGAUAAGAAGUCCUUUGCGGAGCGCGUCUCGGGACAAUGGCCCCUUCCGCCACAACAGGACGAGGUCGAACCCCUGCCCGACUCCCGCGACGGGAACAGAAAGCGUGGCUUUGACGACGACGAAGACAUGUCCGCCGUCAAGAAACUGCGCAAGUCUGCCUCGCGCAUCUCCGUCGAUCUCACCCUUCCAGGCCUCCGGAAACCGCGCUCCCACAUGGCCGCAGCGUCGGAAUCGAUGCCCCCUCCCCCGCCACCAAACUACAUGCCUCCGCCACCUCCCCGCGGCGGCUUGGGUCCUUUCGUCAGACGCUCCUUCAGCGGCUCGAACAGAGCGAGCAACAAGCUCGCCAAGCACGCGCCCUCGGCCUCGUACUCGGGUCCCAUGGACACCGACCUCGCGCCUCCGAACCCGUCGUACGCCGCCAGCAGCCGUAGCAGCAUCGACUCCAACGACUCGCGGCGGUCCUUUGUCGAGUCUGCGCGGGCAUGGACCUCGCGCGCCACGCGCAAGGCGGCCGAGCCGCUCGGUCUGCGGCCCAACUCGAACCACGGCGUCCCCGCCGUGCCGUGCGUGCCCGAGGAGUACAAGAUGCGCGGGUUCGGUUACGGGGGUGAGAACACCCACCACAACGCCAACUUUGCCGUGCCGGAGCGCGAGCUUCCCGGCCGGUGGCGCGGUAUGCGGUUCACAUAG